CGGAAAUCAUUAUGGGACAAGAUUUUUUGUCUGUCGUUCUUUAUGAUAGGCGCUCAAUUGAAAUAAGAAGUAGGUGGGAAUUGAAAUUGUACGGUUGCUAGCUGGUUGGUCGAUGAUUUUGAUAGUUCGGCAAAAUCAUAAAGCUUCAUCCUUUACAUUUCACUGCUUGAAACCUAUGUAUACCUCGUUAUUUAUCAUUUAACAAGCAAGUUUGUAAAGAAUAACAAGAAGGACAACGUCCUAACUGAGUCAGCGCCACCAUCAAAUCUAACUGUUAACUGUCUACGCCCUUAUCAUCCCUCCUCCCUUUUUAAAUCUCCGAAGCUCACUGUUUUGGAACACUGACAGUGAUACAGGGAGAGGUGCUUUUUGUUGUGAAUAAUGGACUCGUCGACGGCGUCAACGUCGGAAGAAUCGGCGGGGAAGAUAGUCGCUUCGAGAUCAUCAGUAAUUCAAUCAAGUCGAGUGUGUGGGUUAUCGGUCUUCCGAAUAAACAAAGAGGAUUUACAGAGGAAACUGUCGAUACCUAAAUAUCUGCGUCACGCAAUUCGAGACUCAAUCAAGUCAAAGGAUGUUAAUGCCGCUGUUGACCGUUGUCAAGAAGGAAGUGGUGGUGGUCGUGAGGCGGCGCCGGACGGGCCUAUGGUGGUGUUUGUGAAUUCCAAAAGUGGUGGUAGGCAUGGGCCUGAACUUAAAGAGAGGCUUCAACAAUUAAUGGGAGAGGAGCAGGUUUUUGACCUAAGCGAUGUGAAUCCCCGUGAAUUUGUCGACUAUGGUUUGGUUUGUUUAGAGAAGUUGGCUGACCUCGGUGAUUAUUGUGCCAAAGAUACUCGUGAGAAGUUGAGAAUUAUGGUUGCGGGAGGUGAUGGUACGGUUGGUUGGGUGUUAGGAAGUCUCACAGUGCUUCAUACACAGGAUAGGAAGCCAGUUCCUCCAGUAGCGGUCAUUCCUCUUGGUACUGGAAAUGACCUGUCAAGGAGUUUUGGUUGGGGUGGUUCAUUUCCUUUUGCCUGGAAAUCAGCUGUCAAAAAAUCUCUUCUCAAGGCCAUUACAGGUCCAGUGUGCCAUUUAGAUAGUUGGCAUCUUCUAGUGUCAAUGCCGAGUGGAAAAGUGGUGGAUCCACCCCAUUCCCUGAAACCUACAGAGGAGUGUUCUCUUGAUCAGGGUUUAACAAUUGAGGGGGAGUUGCCUGAGAAAGUGAACUGCUACGAGGGAGUGUUUUAUAAUUACUUCAGCAUAGGAAUGGAUGCUCGGGUUGCCUAUGGCUUCCAUCACCUACGCAAUGAAAAACCUAACCUUGCACAAGGUCCUCUUUCAAACAAGUUGAUCUACUCUGGAUACUCUUGCACUCAGGGUUGGUUUGUCACACCUUGCACAAGUGAUCCAAGUUUGAGGGGACUCAAGAAUAUCCUCAGGAUGCAUGUUAAAAAAGUUAAUUGCACAGAAUGGGAGCAGAUACCUGUUCCUAAAAGUGUAAGAGCGAUUGUUGCUUUAAAUCUUCACAAUUAUGGGAGUGGAAGAAAUCCAUGGGGUAGUCCUAAACGACAGUAUUUGGAAAAGAAAGGUUUUGUUGAGGCCCAUGUUGAUGAUGGUCUCCUAGAGAUUUUUGGCUUAAAGCAUGGAUGGCAUGCGUCAUUCGUCAUGGUUGAACUCAUCUCCGCCAAACACAUAGCCCAGGCUGCAGCAAUACGAUUGGAAGUAAGGAGUGGAGAAUGGAAAGAUACAUAUAUGCAGAUGGACGGCGAACCUUGGAAGCAGCCCAUGAGCAAGGAAUACUCAACAUUUGUGGAAAUUAAGAGGGUGCCUUUUCAAUCUCUCAUGGUUAAUGGAUUAUGAGAAUAGGCGUAUUGGGUUGCUUUGGUUUAGGUUUGUAUCCUUGAAGGAGGUGGCAUUUCCUCAGGGCUGAAAAAUCACUGGCAAACGUGGUGUAAAUUUGUACUUUUAUUUAUGGAUAACAGUGCUAGUACAUUUGCUGUAAAUUUGCAUGCCAUUGUAAGACCUGCAACGACAUCUAAAUCAUCAAGUUGCUCAGCAACUCAGUCAAAUUCUACUUGAAA